AUGGCUUCCAUAUCUUCACCUUCUGCACCUCCCAAUCUUCACUUCCCAAGCCCCAAGUUUUCUUCUUCCUUCCCUUUGAGAUCACCCUCUUCACUCCCCUUCUCGUUGCAUUCACAUCACUCUCUUUCUGCUGAUGCCACUUUCCUUUGCCGCUGCCUUAAUCCCGCCCCUGGGUCUCCGUCGCCGUCCGAUGACUCCGUUAACCGGGGGUGGGAAUCGAUGCUUCCGGAUGUAGUUAGGAACGCCAUCAAGCUAUGGGAAUGGGAUUGGGAUCGAUGGCGCAAGCAUUUUCAGGAUAUUGAUGAGCAGGAGCGUCUCGUCUCAAUUCUCAAGUCUCAGUUAAGCCGUGCUGUGGACUCUGAGGAUUAUGAAGACGCUGCUAGGCUUAAGGUGGCAAUUGCUGCUGCAGCUACCAAUGACAGUGUCGGAAGAGUGAUAUCUCAUCUCAAUAAAGCCAUAGAGGAAGAGCGGUAUAGUGAUGCAGCUUUUCUAAGAGAUAAAGCUGGUGCUGGUCUCGUAGGUUGGUGGGCUGGCAUUUCAAAAAAUGCUAAUGAUCCACACGGUCUAAUUAUUCGUAUAACUCCAGAGCAUGGAAGAUAUGUUGCAAGGAGUUAUAGUCCUAGGCAACUAGCUACAUCUGCUGCUGGUGUUCCUUUAUUUGAAAUUUUUCUUACAGUGAAUAAGAAAGGUGAAUAUAAGUUGCAGGCUGUUUACUUAAAGCGGAGAGGAGGUGUCCACCCCUCCUCAAUAGCCUCCUCUAAGGCAUCAAAUGCUGCCGAGAGAUUGAGUUCAGUGGAGUCUCCUGAAGGAAGAAGUGAGCUAUUUGUUGUGAGUACCGAAGAUCCUGAGAGUGGUGACGAUAAGGAUGAUGGCUCAGACUCAGCUGAGGGAAUAUCUGGAUUCCAGAAUGUCUUGAAGGAUAUGAUUCCUGGUGUAAAGGUGAAGGUUUUGAAAGUGACUCCUUCAGAGAAGGUAGACAAGGAUCUAAUAUCUAAGGUGAUUGAACAGAUAAUUGAGGAAGAAGAAGAUGAAGAGGAAGAGGAAGAGGAAGGGGAAGAGGAAGAGGAAGGGGAAGAGAAGGAAAAUGAGACAGAAAGCCUGGAAAUUGAAGAUGUUAAGUCUGAAAGGGACCAACAGGGAGAUGAUGAUAUUGAAAUUAAUACUGGUCCUGAGACCAUUGGACGUGAGGAGCAGAAAGAAAUUGCAGUUAAACUUGUUAUUGGUGGUCUUGCUCAGAAACUUUCUAGUAAUUUAUCUGCAAGAGAUUUGCUUCGGGUUCCUGCUAAGCUGGAGAAUGGACGUGAUUUAUUUUCGUUCACUGUAGAAAAAGAAGUCAACCAGCAGGAUGAUCAUGGCAAAGGGAAAUCUUCAUCAGAUAAAUCAAUUAAGAUUCAAGGUCAACGCUCUGUUGAUCAUGUUAUGUUUGAUCUUGCUAAGUUUAUUGGUAGGGGAAAGGUGCCCUCUAAGGUUCUGAAAGAUGUAGGAGAAUUAAUAAGCCUUACUCUUAGCCAAGCUCAGAACCACCAACCAUUAUCUGGGUCUACUAUUUUCAAUCGUAUUGAAGUACCAGCUUCUUCAGAUCCUUUAAAUGGUCUAUACAUUGGUACACAUGGUCUUUACUCCUCGGAAGUCAUUCAACUUAGACGUAGAUUUGGUCAAUGGCAAGAAGACCCUGCUAGGGAAUCUUCAGAUCUAGAGUUUUAUGAGUAUGUAGAAGCAUUUAAACUAACUGGGGAUCCUUAUGUACCAGCUGGCCAGGUAGCAUUUCGUGCAAAAGUUGGAAAGAGAUAUCAGCUUCCUCAUAAAGGGAUAAUUCCAGAAGAGUUUGGUGUGAUUGCUCGGUAUAAGGGCCAAGGAAGGCUUGCCGAGCCAGGGUUUCGGAAUCCUCGAUGGGUUGAUGGUGAGCUAGUGAUCCUAGAUGGGAAGUACAUUAAAGCAGGGCCAGUUGUUGGAUUUGUGUACUGGGCCCCUGAGUAUCAUUUUUUGGUCUUCUUCAACCGGCUUAGGCUUCAACCUUAGAGUAUCAUUGUACAUAAUUUCAUAAACUUGCAAAUUCUUCAUAUUUGUUGGGUAAGUUCUAAUUUGAUUUGCCAAGUCAAUAUAUACCUCUAUGGAGUUUAUAGCACGUGAAGAAUAUUAAGAGGAUAUUUUUCUGGCUAAAUUACGACAUCAACUUGAGUGAAUUAUGUGCAAAAUCCUUAAGGUAUUUUGACAUUACAAGUACCUAUCAAAUGGAAUGAAUUAGGAGCACCCAUCUAAAAUUUUCAAAUAACCAAUUACUUGUUAUGCUUGCCCACCGUCAAAAUACUUAGCACAAUGAGUGAAGACCAGUUUUAUCUGAAAAUGACUUCUUCGUUUUUUUUCAAUUUUUUGUGGUUCCAAUUAUUUCCUAGCUGUUGCUGAAGUGUUAUUUAUAUGUAUUUUGCAACAUGCUGGGGCAUGUAGGGAUUACAUCAGAAAAAUGAACUGUUUAUGCUCAAGUAUGUGAUAUGGGGUAUUUGCCCCUUACCUCAUUUAAGGAUGUUUGUGUAACAAUUUCUCUGGUCUUAUUUAUAAGAUCCCUUCUCAUGUUCCUUAAUAUAACCUUUACAAAACUUAAUGAAACAUUAUGACUCAUUUCCAACUCGCCCCUCACUUGGUGAAAACAUGGUGGAAAACAACUUACAUUUUUUAACGUGGUUAAGGGUAAUUCUGAAAAUUAGAGAAGUUUUUAGCACUAAACUAAUUUAGACUAAUUUCCAUAAUUCAUGUGAAGUAGUUAACAAGUCCUUAUAAUAAAGACUAGAGGGAGUAUUACAAAACCUCAAAAGCUUUGUUUAAUUUACUCAAUCAAAUUGUUGGCUUGGCUAGUUGCGAAAUUGCUCUAGUUUUGGAGUACUAUGCAAUUUUGCUUAUGGACAAAACUUAAAUAAUCUCCUUUAGUAUUUGUCAUUAGGUUUUCUAAUGAAGAAAUUGUGAAUUGUUAAGUGACAUGUUAUUAUGAAUCAAUCAUGUGGUGCGAAGCUGUAGAAAAAUGCUACCCCCAGUCUUGAAUAUAAGAGAAUUUUGGGAGACUUGCUUUAAUCCAAAUUAUAAGAAACAAUCCCUUUUUUCCACAGGAACUGUGAACCCCCCCCCCCCAAAAAAAAAAAAAAAAAAACUCUUCUGGGUUUUGAAUUUCAGUAGAAUUGUCAUAGUGAGUGGAGGAUUCUGAAACCGUCUCUUGUUUUUUCUUUUUUGGAAAGGUUCUCUUCACUGCUGAUUGUUGCCCACUCUUUAGUGUUGAGACGUCAAGGGGACAAACAUCAUUGGUCACUGCAGGAUCAUCCAAUUCAGGCAUCUGUUGCUUAAUUUUAACUUACACUAGCUGUUUCAUCCAAGCCAACAUCAAUUUUCUACGAUGCAGGCUGCAUUUUUAUUUUAUUUUUUGUACAGCUUUUGAAGCAUUUUGUCUCAGCUUCCUUCAAAGCAUCAUAAAAUAUGGGAAUUUGGCUUCUUCCUGUUUGACUCUAACUGAAGUAUGGGAGAUUGGAGUAUUUUAAGCUUACAGUGGGACCUUGACUAACUGUAGGUUGAAGGAAGAACAUGGACGCAUAAUGUAGUAGUUUCUUCAUUACCAAAUAUCUUAUUUUCAA